UGUAUGUCACGUGCGAAUUGCCCCAGAAGCCGAGAACAGCGAAAAGCUUAGAACUUCCAUUUUUCGUCUCCAGUCCAAAACUUCAAGGAGUCAAGACCCAAGAGAGGGCCUUUGAGGCCCAUAAAUGAUUCGCACAUGGGUACUGAGAAUCAACGCCUCAGCUCACCCUCAAUCUCCCCCUCCUCCUCCAUUGUUCUUCUCUGCUUCGAUGUCUUCCUCUUCUUCUAAGCUCAAGAGAUCGGCCAUGUCGCAGCCGCGAGCUGUCAGGAUCGCGAUCGUCGGUGAUGUGCACGAUGAUUGGGACCUAGAAGAAGAUUCAAGAGCCCUACACUUUUUACAGCCUGAUUUGGUUCUCUUUACAGGUGACUAUGGCAAUGAGAAUGUCGAGCUUGUUAGAAGCAUUUCAAUCCUUGAUAUCCCAAAAUCUGUUAUUUUGGGUAACCAUGAUGCUUGGCGAACUCAUCAGUUCUCAGAGCGAGAUAAGAAGGUAGAUCGUGUACAGCUUCAAUUGGAAUGUCUCGGCCAGCAGCAUGUUGGUUACAAACGUUUAGAUUUCCCAACUCUACAGCUUAGUGUGGUUGGUGGCCGGCCAUUUUCUUGUGGAGGUGAAGCAUUAUUUCGUCCCAGGCUUCUAUCUGCAAGGUAUGGAGUUAAUGAUAUGGAAGAAAGUGCAAAGAAAAUCUAUGAAGCGGCUCUAGGGAUUCCAGAGGACCACUCCGUUGUUCUCCUUGCACAUAAUGGACCUACAGGGCUAGGAUCAACAAUGAGCGACAUUUGUGGAAGAGACUGGGUGUAUGGAGGAGGUGACCAUGGCGAUCCAGAUCUUGCUCAAGCUUUGCACAAGUUGAAAUCAAGCAUGCAAAUUUCCAUCCCUUUGGUGGUAUUUGGCCACAUGCACAAGGCACUAACCUAUGGAGGACAAAGGAAGAUGAUUGCGGUCGGAGAUGAUGGCACAAUUUACUUGAACGGAGCAAUUGUUCCAAGAGUUAAACCUGAGCCUGAAAUUGUAAGUUCAGGCCACAACGAAACUGGCACUCUCCGAGCCUUCACCUUACUUGAGAUUAAGAAUGGAGAAAUAGAGAAAAUAGCGGAGACUUGGGUUUUCGUUGAUGGGAGCAGAGUUGAGGUACAAGAGGAGAGCACAUUAUUUACGAGAUCGCACAAUGGUGUUUCCGUUCGAGCUUCGUGAUUUAGUUCCAUGGGAAAUUUAUACUGUUUCGGAUGUAUAUUGGGGGAUUAUGCUACAUGUAGAAGAAUAAGGAAAACCCGCAUUGUAGCCUGGACGAGGGGCAAUUUAUCUACUAGCAGUUUUCAGUGAGAAGGAACUUAGUUGUGAGAGCCAUAUAUGCACGGAUCAUAAUAUAUUUGAAUAUGAGACUGAAAGCAUAUCUGAAUA